GUGAUUUUGUUGAUGACACUCGUCGUGACAUUAGAUAUGGGUUAGAGACUCAAGAUAACCUUCAAGGCAAUAAAAAUAAGCGAGAUUCUUUAGCUGAUGAUACUCGUCAAGGUUUUGGGCAUGGAUUAGGAUCUCAAAACCUUCAACUCAAUAAUAAUAGGCAAGAUAGCUCAUCCGAUGACACUCGUCAAAGUUUUGGACUUGGGUUAGGAUCUCAAGAUAACCUUACAUACCCACAUCGUAAGAAACAAGAUAACUUAUCUGAUGAUACUCGUCAAGGUCUUGGGUAUGGGUUAGGAUCUCAUCGCAAUAAUAGUAUGCAAAAUAUCUCAUCCGAUGACACUCGUCAAGGAUUUGGAGGAUCUCAAGAUAACCUCUCACAUCCACAUCGUAUUAGUAGGAAGCAAGAUGAUGACGCUUUUGUAGACUUUGGACAUAGGUUAGAAUCUCAGGGAAAAUAUUUACAACCCGAAGAUAACGAAUCUGAUGAAGACCAUAGUAAGAAUGAUAACUUAGAAGACUUUGGGCAUGAGUUAAAUUAUAAUAAAGGUAACGCAUCUGAAGAAGAAUUGGAAUAUAAUUUAGAAUCUCAUGAUAAUAAUCAAGAUAAUUUAUAUGAAGAAGGAUUUGAACAUGGGAUAGAUUCUCAUGACAAUAAUCCAUAUUCUCAGCACGAUAAUGAAGAUAUCUCAUCUGAAAAAGAAUUCGGACAUUUAGAAUCUCAAGACAACAUUCCAUAUAAACAAGAUUAUAGCUUAACUGAAAAAGUCUCUGAGCACGAUAAGAAAAAAGAUAAGUUACUUUAUGAAACUCAUCAAGACAAGGUAAUGUCUCAAGACAUCUCGGCAUAUUCAAAACACGUGAAUAGUAAUCAAGAUAAUUCAUUUGAUACUCGUCGAUAUUCUGAUCAAUCUCAAAAGCAAAUGAAGAUUAGCAACAAAACUUAUAAAAAGGAUUCCAAUCCUAGUAAUCUCGAUAGCGAUAACAGAUUGUCUUCAGAUAAUAGUUAUAAACCUCAAAGUAGUAGUAAUAAGGGAAAAGGCAUGGGAUCAUCACAAUCUUCUGUUAGCGGUGGUGUGUUGAGUAAUGUGCGUAACUUCGUAGGUGGUUUAUUUAACAAAGAUGAUCGUGAAAUCAAUUUUAUAUUUCAUGUUCAUUUACCAGAAAAUAUUAAAGAUUGUGGACAUCCCAUGGUUAUUGGUAGUGUAAAAGAAUUAGGUUCUUGGAAAAAUCCCAUUAUCAAACUUUUUCAAAAAUCUCGUAAUCCAACAUACUGGCAUACUAGUCCGGUUACUAUUUCAAUAUCAAAUUUCGCUCAAGAUAUUCAAUAUAAAUAUGCUAUUUUUGCACCUAGUUAUUUUGUAAAAGGAGGAAAAAUUAUAUACGAAGGAAAUGGUACUCAAGAUAAUCGUACGCUAGAAACUAGUAGAAAUGAUCAAUUCGGCAUAUGGAAAAAUACUCGUGAAUUACGAUGUAGUUUAUAUUUCGACGCUAUACGCGACUAUGCCUUUGUAGAUUAUAUUUAUGAUUCUAUCGAAGUUGAAAACCUUAAAGAAAAAGUUAUGGAAUAUCAACAUUUAUUAACUGCCUACCGCGAACUUACGAUUCGUGCGUCAGAUAUCAAAUUUAUUUUCAAACACAUUGAUGAUGAAUCAAGAACAAAACGACUCUUUUUAUGUCUCCUCUUGGGGUACCAUAUUCAAAGGCAAAACGCGUUUUAUGAAUUAGCAAAAGACUUUCCAUCCGAAAUAUUGCUUGAUGCCUUCAAGGGAUAUACGAAAGAAACCCUACCUACAGCUACAGAGGAUCAAAUUUAUAAUGCCAUUACAACUUUAGUCCAAAAUAACGCUUUUAAGAUGAAAUUUGAUUGGCUCAACAUUUUUACAAUUGCUGCAGAAGUCGACCCUAAUUAUAAUUUCAUUGACCGUUUAAGAGCAUUAAAGUAUCCUAAUUACAAUUUAUUAACAAAACUUAUUAAUGAAGUUAAAAAACUUAUGCCUUAUAUUGACAAACAAAAGUUUGAAACUUACACCAAACUUGCCAAGUGGUUAAUUCAAUUAUGUCAUGAUAUGGACGGACUUAUUAAACUUUGGAGUGAUGUACUUUCGUGUCGUGACGUGUCCGAUAAAAAUCUUCUCAAGUGUUUCAUCGAUCGAGUUCAAGAGAAUAUUUCAAGUGAUGAUGCUGUUGCUUUAGGAAACCAUUUUAAAGAUAUCCCUAAAAAUUGCCGAGAAAAUGUUUCUAGCGUUUUCCGUGAUCGGGUCUUUUUUUUACUUAAAAGUCCAAGUAGCAAGUGGACAAAUCCAAAUACUUUUGCUAUACAGAACUUGCUUCGAAAUGGUAACCUGAAAUGGCGCAGUGAUGACGCCAUAAUGUCAUUGGAACUAAUAUCUAAAUCUAAUCAUUUUGAAUUAUUGAAUAUCUUUCCGGAAAUUUUGGAUGAUUGGUUUCGAAGGGAAUUUUCUGAUUCUAAGAAAAAGAUACCAAUUAUUUGUGUAACUUGGUUUACAAAUUUUUUGACCAAGCUGGGUACAAGUAAGAAAAGUGCUUCAAAUGAGAGUAGUGAUAGUAACUUUAUUUUUUUAGUAUUUCAACAAUUAGAACGAAUGUAUCCUUUGCUUGGUCAAAGGAUGAACCUUUGGCGAGAUAUAACCUCCAUUGCUAUAAAAAGAGUGAAGGGAUGUUCAGAAACUCAAAUAUUUGCCACAACAAAAUUAAUAUUGAAGAUACAGCGCAUGGAAUUCAAAAAAUUAUUUUUAGAGAUGAUAAAAGAAAUAUUAAACAAGAGCGUUCAACAAAUUGAUGAUCAGUUAAUUGAUAAAUUAUUUAUAAUUUGCGAUUGCAAUAAAAGAAACAAAAUUUUAAAUGUUCCAAAUCCGAUGAGCGAAGAGAUUUUAUGUCAUAUAAUGAUUAGAUUGCAAAGCCAAUCUUUUACAUCUUCGGAAAUUCCUUUAAACGUUUUAAAAGCUAGUAAAUUUUGGAAGAUUUUAUUAUGCGCUACUGGAAAUGUUGAAAAACUUCAUUCAAACCCAUUCGUCCAGCGUAUUAAAGCGUCUAUAAACGAACUUGGCGGAUUACUCCUUAAAAAAACAAUUGAUAUAAGAUUGUUACAACAACUUUUAAAAUAUUCCAAUGAUGAAUUAUUUUCUCAUUUUGAUGCAACUGUUGGCAAAAAGAGAUAUUUAAGUGAUGUGAUCGUCUCGCGAGACGAGAUUGCGAAACUUAGAGGGUUUUGUAAUAGUUUUCAACUUCAAUUCGAUAUGCUUUUCAAGUUUUAUGGAAGAUUUUGUUCGUCUGCUCAUGAUAUAGAUGAUUAUAUACAACAAUUGCAAUUUUCAGAUGGAAUAAAUUUGAAUCAAGCAAUUGCACCAGAUUUUUGGGCGUUCCAUAAAAAAACGUUAGACAGCGCGAGACGUUGUUACAAAUAUCAUCAAUCUCAAACUUUUUUAAAUAUCUUUGAAGUUUGUUACCAGGAAGAUGCUGCAACCAAAGUGGAAUAUAUAGCGCAAAAAUUGAUGCCGAUUGUUUUUGAAAGAUACGCUGCAUUAGUUGAACAAUUUAGGGAUUGGGAAAAACUCAAAAGUUCAGAUACCUCUUUGUAUUGGAAAAAUGUUACGAAUGUUAAUAAGGAACUUGAAUUAAUGGGUUAUAAUCGUCAAACCGAUAAGUUUAUAAAGACACUUGAUCAUCUAUCAAAAAUUCCUCACUGGAUUGAACGACUUGAACAGUUAGAAAAGGUUGCAUGUAUUUUCAAUGUAACACGUAAUAAAGAGAAAGAAGAUUGGCUAUUGAAAUCAAUUCGCCUUUUAAAAGAUGAGGAUUGUGGCGUGGAACUUGGGCAAAUAAAUAGUAUUUUUGAAUUCUUAGAUAAAAACCUUUCUACGGUUAAUGAAAAUUGUUGGAAAUUGAUAACAGAAUUAUCAAAUGCUGAUAAUUUUAUCGACUUCUUAAAGAAUAUUGCCGAUCAUGAUAUUACGAAUUUGAUUAAUGGUGUAGAUGAUCACUCGGAUGAAAAAUUGAUUCAAGAGGAUACGGUAACGUCGCUUAUUCAAGUCAAGCAAUUUUUAAUGCCUCUCAUGGAAAAAAAAACGGACACUGUUGCCGAUGUUUUGAAUGUAUUAUUAAAUCUUAUUAAGACCAAUCCCACACUAGGAGACAAGAUCUCGUUAUGUAGUAAUAGCAAUAUGGCAUUACAAAACAUGUACAAUAGCAUUUCGAACCGUGGAGAAGUUACUAAGGAAAAGAUUAAGAAUGCCGUAAAAAAUGGAAUUUAUACUUUUAAACGCGAUGAAAAGGAGGGAGAUAAAUGUCAAGUACUAUUGGAAUAUACCUCUAAAACUAAUAUGCAGUAUAAUUUAAAUGAAAUUUUUGAUUUACGUGGACGAGCUCUUUUAAUUGCCAAACCAAAAACUACGGUUAGGAUAAAUGAUGAUGGUGUAGUAAAUGAUAAAGAUGAGGAAAUGUCCAACAUUAUAGACGAUUUUAUUGUACAAGUUGAUAUCGCCCAAGAAAUUUUUAAUGUGGGAUCAGUGUUGAUCCAAAUGGGACAUUUUGGUUAUAGAAUAUUUGAACAAAGAUUACAUGGUACAGAAAGUAUGAGAAAUUACUUAAAAAGUUUAAAAAAUGAACUUGACGAAUGGAAAGAAAUAGUGGAUAAAGCACAGGAGAGAUGUUACUAUUUAACAUUUUUCCCUUCUCGUCACAUUUUAGCAUUCUACGAUUAUUUCACAUCAGACAAGUUAGAUAAAGAAAAUGAAGAAGAAUGCAAAAUAUUGAUUAGAUUUGUUAACAGCAAAGCCAAGUUACCUCCUCGAGAGGGUGUCCAAAAGAUAUCACAUGAAUCUAAUGAUUAUCUUGAAAUUCUUUGUAUAAUUGGUAAUGAAUUAGAAAGAAUUUUUAAAAAUGUUCCAAAACAAUCACGUAAGCUUAAAGCUCUUGGAGAACACGUAAAGUCGGAUAUCGUUACGAAGGGUAAAUUAUUCGUUGCGGCUUGCAACAACACAUCAUUAGUUUCAAAUAUCAUCAUGUCGUUAUUUGCUAAUCAUGGAUCUUACCCGGAACCAUGGCAACUUUUAAUAUGCACCUCUUCAACUACGAUUGAAGAACUCACAAUUUUCAUUAAAAGAAGUUUUUUUGCUUCAAAUAAUGGAUAUGAGAAUCACUUAUUCUGUAUUGCAAACCUAGAAUUAUUAGACUUUGAAUUACAAUAUAGUUUGGUUAAUCAAAUUAGAUCGAUGCGAAAUCAAAAGGGAAAAUAUCUUUUGGCACUUAUUUGUUGUAGAGAAGCUGGAAUGCACCAUCAUAUCUUAGAUCAAUUCUCCUUAGAUGUUCACGUAACUAACGGUUUAUCCACUGAGACAAUUACAGAAAUUUAUCAUGACUUAUGUAAAAAUGUUAUAGCUGUCUCAUCCGACUUAUCCGGACAAGGUAAAACUGAAUGGAUUAAAGAAAGCAGCUACAAUAAAAAGAAAAUUCCGCGUAGCUUUUUAAUAAGCGAUGGUAUGGAAUAUAAUAGACUUGUACAUCAAUUCAAAAAAUGUAAACUUCGAUCCGUAGAAAGUCUACAUAUAAAUAUAGUAUCAUCGGACCAUCCUGAAGAUGUCAAUAUGUUUUUAUUCGAGCUAUUAACCUUAGGCAUAGUUUCAACAAAUGUCGAUAUAGCUUGUCUUCCAUUCUCAGAAACGCCUAUACACAUUUUUAUCGAAAUAGCCUCCACUACUGAACAACGUUUACGUAGUUCUCUUCCUAUGGUAGGAUUUCUAUUGUCCGAACAUUUAUCUUGGAAUAUAAACAAUUUGAAGAUUUCUCAAGAAAUUCAUAGUCCAAUUCAAGUUGUCUGUCAUUAUUUGAAUUUUUAUGAAAGCAUGGAAAUAGAUACAAAGGAAAUCCUUUUUCGAACGGAUGAUGCAAUCAAAGAGCCGUUACCGUUAGUGCGUUGCCAAAAUCUUAUAGAUAAAUAUUUCUUUAACAAAAAUACCGAGGGUAUCUUUUCAUAUAGAUUCGUGGAAGUAUUUGUUAAUGUUCUUGCGGAUCAAUUAGUUCGAUUAUCAUCAAGUCAAUUUUUUACUGUAGAUAAUUUGAAAUUGAUGGUAAAAGAAACUAAUAUUAGAUCUUUGAUAGUUGAUACCUUGAUAGGAGUCUCAAAAGAUUUUGCAACUCGAUCUAUCAAAACUAAAGCUGCACAACUAGAAUCUGAAGCUAAUACUGAUGAUGAUGAGAAUGCUCGUCUUGGAACGAUUGUUCAAUGGGACGAUUCAAAUCAUCUUAUAGUAGUCUUUAAUUCUCAAACCCCAGAUACGAUAUCAGCUUUGUAUCGUGACAGAACAAAAGUUCCUAAUAAUGUUAAGAUUUUAUUAAGUAGUCAAGUGAUCGGAGAUAAAAAACAAUGGCAAUUAGAUGAUUAUAAUAAAAUGACUGCGAAUGCUCUCUUAGAAAAACUACAAUUUUUGGCACGAAGAUCAACGGAAAAAAAGGAUUUUCCUGAAUACGCAUUGUCUGGAGAUAAUUUAAUAAAGAUGGCCCUAAUUCUUUUAAGAGCACGUGCGAAUAUUCCGGUCAUAGUUUGUGGAGAAGCGGGAUGUGGCAAGACAAGUUUAAUUGCAUAUUUAGCCAAUAUGGUUGAAGUUAAAUUUGAAGCUCUUAAUCUUCAUGCUGGAGUUAAAGAAGAAACUAUUAUGGAGUUUAUGAAUAGUGCUUUGGAAAAGGCAGUGAAUAGCGAGAUUUGGUUAUUUUUUGAUGAAAUCAACACUUGUAAUCAUAUAGGGUUACUUUCGGAUUUAAUAUCUCAUCGAAUACUUAACGGUAAACCCAUACAUCCAAAUAUUCGUUUAUUUUCUGCCUGCAAUCCUUACCGUAUUCGUACAAAAGCUCAAAGUGAAGCUGGUUUAACAAGUAAGGUCAAAAAAUACGAAGAGAAAAGUAACCUUGUCUAUCAAGUCAAACCACUCCCUGAUCAAAUUUUGGAUUAUGUAUGGGACUAUGGUGUUCUGAAACAAAAUGAUGAAUUUAAGUAUAUUCAAAUUAUGGUAGAUAAGGAAUUAAAAAAACUGGCAAGUCCUGUAUUUGCCAAUCUCUUAUUCGCCUCUCAAAAAUUCAUUCGUGAGGUUGAGGAACCGUAUAGUGUCAGCUUGCGUGAUGUCAAGCGAGCUAUAACAUUAGUGAAAUUCUUUUCUAAUUCACUUGAGAAUCGUCCGAUUUUAAAAAAGGGACAUAAAUAUCCACCACAAUCGCAAUCUGGUAACAUAAAAACUAGAGCUUAUGUUUUAGCGCUUAGUCUUUGUUAUCAUUCUCGAUUAUAUGAUCAAAAAUUACGUAAAAAUUAUCGUAGCGAAAUGGAAAAAAUAUUAAAUUUGAAAAAAGAUGCGUUUUCUAAAAUUAUUCGUGACGAACAGGAAGAUUACAUUAACAGAAUGCAAUGUCCACCUAAUACAGCGAAGAAUGAAGCUUUAUUGGAGAAUGUUUUAGUUAUGAUUGUAUGCAUCUUAACCAGAAUUCCAUUGUUUUUAAUAGGAGCUCCGGGUUCAUCAAAAUCUUUAGCAAUUCGUCUUAUCAGUUCGAACUUACGUGGAUCCGAUUCGAUCGGUUUGGCUGAAACGAGUCCUUACAAUCCGUUGAAGGUGCUACACUCUUUGCUCGAACCAAGUCCAUUUAAAGAUCCAUCGAAAAACCAAUCAAACGGUCCGUCAAAGGAUCCGGCUAAAGGACCUCACUCUUUCCUAGAAGAACUCUAUCCGGCGGGACCUACCGUCUCAGUGAUUGGAAUAUCUAAUUGGCGUUUAGAUAAUAGUAAAAGUAGUCGUGCAUUACUUGUUCAAAGGUAA